AUGAAAAUUAGUGCUUAAAAUAAAAUAAUUGAGAUCUUCAAUAAGCAACCAGGAAUCGUAGAAGAAUUAUAUGUUAAACCAGAUGAUAUUAUUACCAUUGAAAGCGUUCUUUAUACUUUAACCUAUCAAACUCAAGAUGUCCAAAUAGUUCAAAUUUAAAAAGCCAAUCCAAUAAAGAAAUAUCCUAAAAUUAGAAUCAACAUCAUACCGUAACAUCAAUACAAAGAAUCUACUGAGAAGGAAGAUCCAAAACAAGAAAAAUAAACUCUAGAAAAUCAUUUCAAUAAUUAGUCGUCCAAUCCUAAUAUUGAAUUUCAAAAUGAAAAUCCUUCUUAAAUUGUAACAUAAUUAAUAAUUUUAUGA